AUGGGUUUUCUCGGUAUCCUCGAGGAUAAACACCUCCCCCAUGUUCCCGCCACCGUCACCAUCAACGAGGAGCAGACUGAGGUCCAAGAUGUUUCCGGCCUGAAGCGUGGAACUGGAAAGGAUGCAGAGGUCAUCUUGGUUCCUCAACCUUCCGAGGACCCAAAUGACCCCCUGAACUGGUCAUACGCCAAGAAGAUGUCCAUCAUGGUCAUUGUGGCCUAUGGUUCAGUCUUGUACGCCGCUGUGCUAUCUCCAUUGCUCUCGCCGGCUUUGGUCAUCAUCGCAGCAGAGUACAACAAGAGUGUUGGCGAGAUCACCGAGAUCUCGGGUUACAUGUUGCUUGUUACUGGCUGUAUUGGACCUCUUGUUAGCGCUCUAUCUCGCAAGUAUGGCAAGCGGCCUCAGCUCUUGAUCGCGUCCAUCUUUGGCCUUCUCGGCACUGUCAUCGCGAGUGCGGCGAACAGCUAUAGUGGCCUCAUGGCAGGCCGUGUCAUUCAAGGUGGUUCGGUCGCCGCAUUCGAAUCGCUUGUCGUGUCUAUGAUUGGAGACAUGUACUUUGUCCACCAGCGUGGUGCCUUUAUGACGCUCAUCCAAUUCAUUCUGGGCGCGGCAUCAAACUUCUCAGCCAUCAUUGUCGGACCCAUCGUCACCAAUCUCGGCUGGCGCUACCUGUUCCACAUGCUUAUCCCCUUUGUUGCCCUCGAGGUUCUCCUGCUCUUCUUCUUCGUCCCAGAGACAAACUACAAGCGUGACCAUCGCUAUGACAUUGACGAGCUCUCCAAUGAAAACCUCGCUGAUCUCGCGGCAGUGGAACGGCGCCAUGCCAACCCUGGGAUUGACGUUGAAAAGGCGGAGACGGAGAACGACGAGAUUGUCAAGUACCAAACCACGUCCAGCUCUCCACCUGCCCUGCGACCAAAGAAGACAUUUGUCCAGCAACUCGCCAUCUUCACCGGCACCUACUCGGACGACAACCUCUUCCAGCUGACGAUUGCCCCGUUCGCCGUCUGCACCAACCUCGCCGUCCUCUGGAUGGUCAUCGUCACCGGUGGCCUGACAGCCUUCUUCGUCGCCCAGUCGUACGUCAUGGCCCAAAUCUUCAUGGCGCCACCCUACCUCCUCUCCGCCGCCGGCGUCGGCUACCUCUCCGUUGGCCCCUUUCUCGGCGGUCUCCUCGGCUCCCUCCUCCUCGGUGCCACCCUCGACCCGCUCAUCAUGUGGUGCGCCAAGAAGAACAAGGGCGUGUACGAACCCGAAUACCGCCUCCUAGGCAUGAUUCCCUCCGUCACCAUCGUCGUCGGUCUCUGCCUCUUCGGCCACUACGCACAACAGGGCUCCUCGUUCUACCUGACCGCCUUCUUCCACGGCAUGGACCUCUUCGGCAUCGUCAUCGCCGCCAUCUCCGCCUCCUCGUACGUCCUCGACGCCUUUCGCGAUAUCAGCUCCGAAGUCUUCAUCAUCAAUAUGGUGCUCAAGAAUUUCCUCUUCUUCGGCUUCUCCUACUUUGUCAAUGAUUGGGCGGCUUCGGAUGGGCCGGCAGAGGUGUUUUAUGUGUUUGCCGGUGUGGCUGGUGCGAUGAUUAUUACUACGCCGUUUUUCUUCUUUGGUGGGAAGCGGUAUAGGAGCUAUUGGCACAGGCACAACUUGCUUCAGAAAUGGGGUAUUCAGACUCAUGCCGAGAUUUAG